UAUAUUGCCCCUCUCGCACCCUGCGUCUGUCUCGCAGUUUUCCAGCAUCGUCCAGCCGUCACACUCACUCUCAGGACGACACUGGGCAGAAGCAACAACAUGGCUUUACGAAUGAAGGCUUGCAUGUUCGUGGGACUUUUCCUGCUUUCUCUGACCUGGAAAGCAGCCUGGGCCAAGGUGCAGGUGAACAUGGAGGACAGAGUGGAGGUGUUUCUGGGGGACACGGCCCAGAUCACAUGCAUGUUCACGGUCUCAGACAGCCCCGACAACAUCAUUAUCCAGUGGUACAUGAUCACGAAGACCAAUGUCCGCUUGAGGAUCUACCACGGAAACGGCACCAUGCAGGUAGUCGACCGGGGCGGGCAGUUCACAGACAAGAUCAGUGUGAAGGGGAUGGGGAAUAGCAGCGAGGUGGUGCUGACCAUCAGGGACGUGAAGCUGGAGGAUGAGCUAGAGUUCAUCUGCCACGUCAACGGGAUGUCAGCCGGUAGCGACGAGGGACGCACUGUGCUCAAGGUGUUCGCGUCACCUGAUCGUCCAAUCAUCACGGGGGAGGAAUCUGGGAUCUCUGUCAGCAAUGAGAACCCAACUAAGAUAGGGAGCUGUGAGGCUAAGAACGGCUACCCCAGGCCCAACAUCACUUGGUACCGUGACCAGAGCUCACUGCAGAACACGCCAGGCGAGGUCAGUGUGUUGACCCUGGUCACUAAGGAGUCCAGUGGUCUGUACACUGUCCAGAGUGACCUUCACCUGAAUGUGGUCAAGAAAGACAAGGAUUCGUUCUUCUACUGCGAAGUCAGCUACCUUGUCCCCGGUGGAACCAAGAUGACUGAAACCAACAAGAUCAACAUCACUGUCUACUAUCCAACCACUUCGCUUGAUGUGUGGGUGGAGUCACCAAAGGGCAGUGUCAGAGAAGGAGAUACAGUUGAGGUUCAUUGCCGUGCCGACGGGAAUCCUCAACCACCCUUUACAUUCAUGCACAAUAUGGAGGAGCUGGAAUCUGAUCUGAACGUAUUGGUCCUGAAAAACGUGACGAGGCAAAGCAACGGCAACAUCAUGUGUACAGCACUGGACCUGGACACGUAUGAAGAAACCCUCGGGCAAACAGAGCUCUUCGUCGACUAUCUGGACCCGGCUGUAUUGAUUCCCAAAGACACCCAUGUCAUGGCCCAGGGAGAGGAGCUGAUGGCCACAUGCAACGCUCUGUCCUCCCUGCCCACACACACUGUUUGGUUCAAGAAAGGAAAAAAAGUUGCAGAGGGCCACACACUGACCCUGAAGGACGCUGUGUUUGACAUGGCGGGGACGUACGUGUGUGUGGUGAAGGUGUCUUCACUGGAAGGACUGGAGACCAGUGGCUCUUUACGUGUCUUCGUAGAGGGACGCCCAGAGAUCAAGAAGUCAGCAGACCCAGUCCAGGAGGUGAGCCCAGAGAAGUCCCAGAAGCUGAGCUGCCACGCUAGAGGAUACCCAACCCCUGUUAUCACAUGGAGCUCCUCUGACAAAUCACAGAUCCUGAAGUUGUCCCAAAGAGAGACAGAGGACGAGGUUCUCAGUGUGGUGAGCAUCAAGGUGACCUCUGACGUCACAGCCUACUGCAACGCCUCCAACGACCAUGGCACAGUCUCCAUCUCCUUCAGCCUCAAAGCCAUUGUCCAAACGACCUCGUCAGCUCCCAGUACUACAGUAACAACUCCAUUAGUUCCAGUAACAGUGGUAGCUCCAGUGACAGUAACAACAGUAACACCAGUAACUCCUCCGAAGAGAGUCAAGAAAGAGGGCAGCGGUGUGAUCAUAGCUGUCAUCAUCAUCUGUAUUCUUCUGCUGGCUAUCCUUGGCAGUGUGCUGUACUUCCUGUACAAGAAGGGCAAGCUCCCAUGUGGGCGUUCGGGCAAGCAGGAUCUUACCAAACCGAAUAAGGGCGGCAUAGUGGUGGAGAUGAAGAGUGACAACACAGAGGAGGCCGUGCUUUUAAGUGUCAACGGAGACAAGAAACCUCCUAGUGACCAGUAAAGGGUGAUAAGGACAUGUACGUGCAGAAGUGAGCGUAGGUGUGUGAGGGGGCGACUGCUGCAGCUGCUCCCAGGCCAGUUCACUCGCUCAGGGUGGGAUGGAUCCUUUGAUGCCUCGUAGCCUACAACUUCCAGGAGAACUCAUCUGAUAUGUGCUGCAGUUCUCUAACCUGAUCCCAGAUUCGUAGUUCUUUAGCAUGGCAGUGGCUAACAAAGGACGUAGCUAUGUUCUCUCAAGUCAUGCUAUUUCAUACUUUAUCCUGACAGAGAUGCUGGCCUAAGCACAUACAGAUCUGGGAUCAGCCUAGCAAUUUUAAUGAAUGUGGUUAUUCUUUGCACCCGUAAAAUCCAGUUAGAGCAUGAAAUAAGAGGGACUGUUUGUUAUAUAUUUUCCUUAAUCCAAAUACCAACUCGGGCAACCAAUCACUGAAGAGCAGCCCGGAACUGCUUUUUCAUGAAGUGUAAUAUAUUCUGUAUGAAUUUCUUUAUUUAAAAUAACCUGAGACAAACCUUUUAAAAAGACAUGGCUAGGAGUUGUUUUGGGUUUGUUGCUAUUUGAUGGAGGGACGUCUGUGUAGGCUUCGCGCUAGCUCUGGUCCAGGGCGUUAAGUGCGCGUUCCUUCUGCACCAUAGUGGAGCAACGUGAACUAACGCCCUGGACCAGAGCUAGCUUUACUCUAGAGGUCCACCUGCUGUUGUUCUGCGUGUGAUUGGCUGCAUUCACUUCCUACUUUGCUAAAGUCUGUACACUGAAACCAUGGAUGCAUAAUGACGGUCUUACCAACCAUGUCUACAUGUAUACAGCCUGCUUCAUCUACCCAUGUAAACCAACAUCCAACCUUUAGAGCUAUGUUCUCAAAAUGGACCCCAGUAUGGGUCAUGAUUCCAUUUGAGUUUAGUCUUCGUAUUGUUGUUGUUGUUGUAGCUUUUACUUACCACUGAAACUAUUCUUAGAUGCGUUUUCCCUUUGUUUUUGGCUUUGUGAAUGAACAUGUAAGGCCUUGUCUGUAAGGCCUUAUCUUAUGAGAGAUGGGCCCUGUUUGAAUAUGUUGGAAUGCAUAUGUUGGAAUUCUUUCCCUCAUUUGGAGUAAUCAAUGAGCUGACACGACUUGGAUAGGUGAAGGCCUAUCCAAUCAGGUCAAACCAGUGAUUUCUUCAUGGGAGGAAGGAUAUGUGCUGAAAUAUGCAUGGAUAAGGGGUCCCCGUUCCUAUCAGCUCCGGAUUGGGUUAUUUUGUACUACAAUAGCCAAUAGCAGAGCUCCGAUGAAGCCGAAGCGUCAUUGGUUACUUUUUCAUUCUUCCAUAGUUCUUGUACUCUUUUAUUUCUUCUUCCAUAGUGCUUGUACUCCUUGUACAUAAGAGUUAAGAAUCACGCUGAUAUGUUUCCAGUUCUGUCUGCCUUAUAUACAUUCAGCCUCUUAUUCUACAAAAUCACAGCGAGCAGUACAGCUGACUUUCUUUCACACUUGUUUUAUCGUUAUUCGUGAAUAUUUGUCCAGUGCACUGAUUUUGUUUUGUUUGUUAUGAUUUGUCGUCAUGUUUUGUCUGUGAAUCUCUGGUUUAAGUUGGGUGAAGGAGUGUUUGCGAGUGAAAUGUCAUCUUCGUUUCUCAUGAAAGUGAAGAUAAAAUGGCUCUUUAAUGUGGGGAGAGGGGUAAGUUGAGGCAAUGCCAAGUUGAGCAAAGCAAAGUGUUUUCUUCCCAGGUGUAAUGCAAGACAUUCUCACUGAGAUAUGAGGUAACAGCAGGAUAAGAAUAGAUAUGGUUUAUAAAAACGUAGUGGUCAUAUUUCAUUCAGUAAAGAAAUGUAAGUAUGUAAGUUGUGCCAAGACAGCACUUUUUUUUGGACAAGCUGCUUUCAAAACUAACAUUUAUAUGAAUUCUGAUUAUUUCCAGGGAUACGCAGCAUCCUGACAUAUGUAGAUAUCCUUGUUAGAAAGAAUACUAUAUUUCCCUUGAUGGCGUGAUGCUGAAAGUAAGAACAAUUCAAAUUUACUCUACUCACCCCUAUGGCAAACAUCACCUAUAUGAAAGUUGUCUGAACAGGGACUAAAAUGUUCAACUCUGAUAGUGUUUUACACAGAACUCCUCGGAAAUGUUAUGCUUACAUGUAUAUACACAUACCUAGUGGUUUUCAUUCUACAAACAAAAUGGCAAGACUUCAUUUUAUCUGUUGGUCAGACUACCACAAUUUCUACAGGAGAGAAUGACUUGAUAACAAUACACUCCUUAGUUUGAGCUUUCUUAAUCACAAAGCAAGAUCCGAAGAGCUCGCUCAUGGCCAUAUUAAAACACAAACCCCAGAAUGUCCUCUCAUUACACCACAGGUUAAAAGCUGGUAUGCUUAAGUGAGCACCAAACUUAAGUCUGCAUCAAUCAUUAGGGCCACCAGUAUUUUUGUAGUUUUUUUACUCAUGGUUCUCCCAAUCAUAUGUUACGGUCCAGUCAGGAGAAAAGUAAGACAAUCAUCAAUCUUUGAUAGUUUGAGGUAAAAAUGUAUGUUUGGUUCUUUUUUAAUUUACACCCUUCAAUAUCUCCCCCUAAAGAUUGUGUUAAUAUUGUGGACAAGAACUAUCAGUGUUAAUUUUGAUUAUUUAAAAAAAAAAAAAAGUGUUUUUUUGUUGUGUGUGUAAUAUCUAUGAGUUGCAAAGACAGAUUAACUUCAGGGCAGGUGAAUGGAUUCCUUUUGUUUGUAAUUUAUUUUUUAUGAAGUAAAUGCCAAAUAAAAAUGACUUGUUCAAUGAAAAA